GGCGGCGGCGGCGGCGGCAUCGGGAUGGAAGGUUAAGCCCUGAGCAGCAGCAGCAGCUGCAGCCGCCCGGGGCCAAGCUGUGCGCCCCAGCCCCAUCCUCGGCCGCGGCGCGCCCGCAGCCCAGUGAUUCGCUCUCUCUCUUUGGCGUUUGAAGGGAGCGCGGUGACUGUCCUUGAGCGCGGAGGGGCGAGCUCGCCUCGGGAGCACCGGAGCAAGAGGAGGUGCAGGAGCGGCGGCGGCCGCAGCGGCGCCCGAGCACCCGAGGGGGUCCGAGUCCCGGUAGCCGGCCAGCCCCGUGCCACAAAGGGAGCGCCGCCGCCACCCGGCACGCCACCUCCCUCCCCAAUGUCCUCGGCCAUCGAGAGGAAGAGCCUGGACCCGUCUGAGGAGCCAGUGGACGAAGUGCUGCAGAUCCCCCCGUCCCUGCUGACAUGCGGCGGCUGCCAGCAGAACAUUGGGGACCGCUACUUCCUGAAGGCCAUCGACCAGUACUGGCACGAGGACUGCCUCAGCUGUGACCUCUGUGGAUGCCGGCUGGGUGAGGUGGGGCGGCGCCUCUACUACAAGCUGGGCCGGAAGCUCUGCCGCAGAGACUAUCUCAGACUUUUUGGUCAAGAUGGUCUCUGUGCAUCCUGUGACAAGCGGAUCCGUGCCUAUGAGAUGACAAUGCGGGUGAAAGACAAAGUGUACCACCUGGAAUGUUUCAAGUGUGCCGCCUGUCAGAAGCAUUUCUGUGUAGGCGACCGAUACCUCCUCAUCAACUCCGACAUAGUGUGUGAACAGGACAUCUAUGAGUGGACUAAGAUCAAUGGAAUGAUAUAGGCCAGAGUCCCCCGGCAUCUUUGGGGAGGUGUUUUACUGAAGACACUGUCUCCAUGGGGUCUUCACUCUUAGGCACUUUGGGGAUUGAUUUGUGGGAGGGGUGAGGCAUUUCUUAGGGGAUGGUAGACCCUUAUUGAGCACUGAGACAUAGCAACCAAGUGACAUAUAAUGCAAGGGAGGAGGCAGAAAUGUGAUAAAAGGACCAGGCCUUAGGGAAAAUUUAUGGCCACAACCUUUUCAAAAUAACUGAUUAGCAGAGGAAAGAAACAUUUGGGGGACAAGUAGGAGCUGUGCCAUCAUGAUGGGAUUUCACACCUACAGAUAGAGAGUCAUUGGGUAAAGACUGGUUGUAACUUUGACCCUUGCAGACUAGAGAUGUGCAAUUGAUUUCUUUCCUCCCUGGCUUUUAUAAUGACCCUGUUCCAAUCACUGUCCUCCACAUGGGAAAGGACAGAGAGGAAAGUGGCCAUCUUUUUUUUAUUGGCCACCUUCCCGAGGCCUUAAGCUUUGGACCAAGGGGAACUGCAUGAAGACAUAUUUCAGUUGAGAAUGGAAACUGCAACUUUUAGCCAAACAGUUAUUUAAAGCAAUUGUUGAUGAAUGACUGUUUUUAGAUACCUUUGUUUUGAGGAGUUCCACAGAUUGUUUCUAUACAAAUGUAAAUCUAAAAAAAAAAAAAAAAGUUGUUCAACUAUUUUAUUAUCUUAGAGUAUAUCAAAGUAUUUGUUGUGUGUAGUAAAAAACAAAACAAAAAACCCUGCAGACUUAAUAAAAAUGACAGACU